UUCUUAAUGGGUUAUGUCGGAUAUUUGCAAAUUAUAACGGGUCGUGUUUGAGUCUAAUAUUUGCCACUCAUUAACUUAACAUGUCGAAUCGUGUUAACUCGUUAAGUUAACACACGAAAACAACCCAAAAUCCAUUAUCACGACCCGUUUGUCAGUUGUACUGGAGAGGUGGGCCUGAGUACUGGACUUGUGUUUUUACUUUUUUCUUUUUUGAUUGGACAUUGUGCUGGGCUCCUCUUUUCAUGCCUAUUUCCCCUAAGCUUCCUUGCAUUUUCCUGACCUUCAAUCGUAGCCGUCCAGCAGAUCGUGUAGCCAGCAGCCACAGAAAGCGACCCUUGGUUUUGGUUGCUUCCAGAAAAUUACCCUCUGUCCACACUGAUCUUCCACGCUCUCUUUGCCUCUCUCCGCGUCAAUGACGUGUUGGAAGGAACGUAGGGUAGGGACUUUGCUUCUGUUGACUGAAACGUUCGAAGGCCUUGACCUUGACUUUGGGUAGUUCAAUUAUUUCGAGUCUUUUUUGUUUUAGAAAGAUUAGCCUUGUCUUUGUUUAUGUCUCGGCUUGGAACAAGUUACUAUAAUUCGUCAUUCAUCUGCUGCUCAAGGCCAAACCACUGCCCAGAAAAAUAAAAAAUAAAAAUUAUGAGAACUUCUUCUGGUCAAGUCGGAUCGGAAGGCAGUAUCAAUUUGUAGUUAGUCUAAUCUGAACCAGUAUCAAUUAAUGGAUGCCAGGAAAGCCCAUAAAGCCCCCUCUUCUUCCUCACCAUCCUCCUCAUCAAAACGUUGGAAGUACCAAGUGUUCUUGAGCUUCAGAGGUGAAGACACACGCAAGGGCUUCACAGGCCACCUCCACGAAGCAUUAUCUGAUGCCGGAAUCAGCACCUUUCUUGACGACAACGAGCUAGAAAGAGCGGAAUUUAUAAAAACCCAACUGGAGCGGGCAAUCGACGGGUCCAUGAUCUCCGUAAUUGUCUUCUCCAAGAGUUAUGCCGAUUCCACUUGGUGUCUUGACGAGCUGGUGAAGAUCAUGGAGUGUAGAGAAAGAUUGGGGCAAAAGGUUAUUCCAUUGUUCUAUAAUGUUGAUGCUUCAGAUGUCCGGAAACAAACUGGUAGUUUUGCACUAGCAUUUGCGAAACAUGAAGCGGGCAUCUGUGAAGGUAAACAUGAGAAAGAAAAGGUAAAGCGGUGGAGAAAUGCUCUCACUCAAGCUGCAGAUUUGUGUGGGGAAGAUCUUAAAAAUGCUGAUGGGUAUGAAGCAAAGUUUAUCAAGAAAAUUCUUCGGGAGGUUAAUAAGCAGUUGUACAACACAUACCAAUUAGACAUCGAACACCUUGUUGGAAUUACUUCUCGGAUGAAGGUUUUGAGUAAACACUUAGAUAUUGAAAAUUCAGGUUCUAAGGAUGUUGUUCGCAUGAUUGGUAUUUGGGGGAUGGGCGGCAUUGGGAAAACAACGCUUGCCAAAGCCAUUUAUAACAAAUUUGUAGGUAGCUUUGAAGGUAGGAGUUUCCUUGCAAAUGUGAGGGGAGUAAUUGCAAACCAACCCAUUACUGGUCUGGUUGGUUUGCAAGAAAAACUUCUAAAUGAUAUCUUGAAAAGCAAGGACCCCAUAAAGGUUGAUUCUGUUGAUGUAGGGAUCACUGUGAUACAAGAAAGACUUCACUGUAAAAGAGCACUUGUCAUAAUUGACGAUGCAGAUGAUCUACAACAACUAGAAGCAAUAGCUAGAGCUCGUGAUUGGUUUGGUCCUGGGAGUAGAAUUAUUAUAACAACAAGAAAUAAACAUUUGCUAGACCAAGUUGGAGUGGAUAGCACAUAUAUGGCUCAGGAAAUGGAUGAGGAAGAAGCUCUAGAGCUCUUUAGUUGGCAUGCCUUCAAAAGAGGUGAUCCUGAUCAAGAAUACCUUCACCUCUCAAAACGUGUAAUUCGUUACUGUCAAGGCUUGCCACUAGCACUUCGAGUUGUAGGGUCUUUUUUGAUUAAAAGAACCGCAUUAGAAUGGGAAAGCCAAUUGGAGAGAUUGGAAAGAAGUCCUCAUGAAGCAGUUUCAAAAAUACUGAGAAUAAGCUUUGACGGGCUACCUGACCGUACAUACGGAAAUACAUUCCUUGAUAUAUCUUGUUUCUUUAUUGGAAUGGACAAGGACUAUGUCACACAAAUAUUAGAUGGAUGUGGCUUUUCUGCAACGAUAGGAAUCCGUGUCCUCAUUGAACGGGGCCUUGUAACUGUUAGUGAGCAAAACAAGCUGAUGAUGCAUGAUUUGCUUCGAGACAUGGGAAGAGAGAUCGUUUAUGAAAAUGCCCACGGUCGCCCUGAAAAAUUUAGUAGAUUGUGGAAAUGUGAAGACAUAAUAAAUGUAUUGAGCGAUGAAUCUGGAACUGACGAAAUUGAAGGAGUUGCUCUACAUGGCUGUUACAGGGCUAGAGCACAAGCAUUUACCAACAUGAAAAAACUGAGGUUACUCCACCUCAGCGGAGUAAAGCUCACUGGAGAGUACAAAGAUUUUCCCAAAAGGCUAAUAUGGUUGUGCUGGCAUUAUUUUCCUUUAGAGUCCAUACCAGAUGACUUUCCUACGCAACCAAAACUAGUUGCUUUAGACCUGCGGCAUAGCAAACUCAAAAUAGUUUGGAAGGAUUGCAAGUUGCAUCAGAAUUUGAAAAUCCUAAAUCUCAGCUAUUGCCAUUGGCUAACAAAAUCACCAGACUUUUCAAAACUCCCAAAUCUCGAGGAAUUGAUAUUGCAAGACUGUGAGAGUCUGUCCAAGGUUCACUCAUCCAUCGGGGAUCUUGGAAGACUUUCUUUGGUAAAUCUUCAACGCUGCACCCAUCUAAAGGAUCUCCCACUGAAUUUCUAUAAAUCCAAGUCUGUUGAAACUCUUCUACUUAAUGUUUGUUUAAAUUUUGGAAAGUUGGCUGAGGGCUUAGGAGACAUGGUAUCAUUGACAACUCUGAAAGCGGAUUACACAGCCAUCAGACAAAUUCCAUCUUCCAUAGUAAAAUUGAAGAAGUUGAGAAUUUUAUCUCUAUCUGGCUGCUGUCGGUUAACUGAGGAUGCAAUCCCUAAGGAUCUAUGUAGCCUAAUUUCCUUAGAACAUCUGCUUCUUGGAGCCAAUAAUUUUCGUAGCCUGCCAAGUCUCGCUGGUCUUUCAAAGCUCAAGGUCUUGUCUUUAAAUGCGUGCAGAAAACUUCUUGCAAUCCCAGAUUUACCAACCAAUUUGUAUGUUCUGAAAGCAAAUGUCUGCCCAAAUUUGAAAACAAUUCCAGAUUUUUCAAAAAUGUCGAAUAUGAGAGAAUUGUAUCUAAGUAAUUCGUUCAAACUCACUGAGGUUCCAGGCUUGGAUAAGUCAUUAAACUCCAUGACAAGGAUUCAUAUGGAAAGCUGCACCAAUCUGACCGCCAAUUUUAGGAACAACAUCCUACAGAGAUGGACUUCUUGCGGAUUUGGUGGAAUUUAUUUGAAUGGAAUUUAUGAUAUUCCUGAGUGGUUCAAAAUCGUCAAUGAUGUGGACAAUUUCGUCUUCUUUAACGUUCCUCAAAGAAUCAUGGGUCGUGAUUUAAAAGGGUUGACUAUUUGCUUCGUUUACACAAGAAGGUCUUAUUGUGAUUAUCCGGAAUUUGAAAAUUCUCAAGGUCGUAUUGGCAUUAUCGUUAGAAAUCUUACCAAACAAACUGCUUUGCGCACCUGGAUAGCAUUCGGAACUUACAGUAACCCUCAAAAUAUGCUCCGUUCGGCACUUGGAUAUCUUUGGCAGGGACAGUUGUCAAACGAUGUGCUCUGUUUGCAAGGCGGGGACCGAGUCUGCAUUCUUGUAAGGCCUGAUGAUGUUGAUUUUGUGAGAGUGAAGAAGACAGGGGUUCAUCUAGAAUGGGACAAAGUCAUGAAGGAAAAUAUGGAUAAUCCGGAUCCUCAUUUGUAUGAUUUGGAAACAAAUUCGGAUUUUUGAGGGGGAGUUGAUGAGUCCAUUUCAAGAAAUUGUUGUCACUGAGACGAAUGGUAACCCAUACUGAGCAAGCCAACAAUCUUGAUGGAGGAAGAAGAAGCCAUGAUGAAGCAGAGAGAAAACCCUAGAAUUGAAAUUGAGAGAAAGAAACAGAGAGAACCACUGUGGGCGCUGAUACCAUGUUAACCAACAUAUUCAGAGAAGUAUGAGGAAUAUACCUGAAGAAGAAGGAAAGAGAAACAAAGAGAAAUUGCAGUCUUGAUUUCUUUGGCAGGGACAUUUGUCAAACGAUGUGCUCUGUUUGGAAGGCGGUGACCACGUAUCGAAUCUUGUAAGGCCUCUAGUUGAUUUUGUGAUGGUUAAGAGGAUAGGGACAAACUUAUGAAGGGAAAUAUCCAUUCGGAACUUGAUUUGUAUGAAUUGGAAGAUGAGCCUUUCGCCCUUGUAUCCAUUCGGAACUUGUUUCGAAAAUUAAUUCUUCUUUUGUUAUCAUCAAGAAUACUUCAAACUUCUUUUUGUC